CUUGUGAUGGUCUAUUCUUAAAGCGUUUUCACAUCUUGCAAAAUAGAUUUCACGUUUGAUUACUGUAAGCAUCCUAACACUUUAGGUUUUUUCGGGUGACAGAAAUUCCGUUCAGUGGAGCUGUAUUACUUGACGAUGAGCAUUUAGACUGUGUAAUCAGCAUGGCUGCGGCGGACUCCCAAGUGCUGAUCGGUCUCUGCGACGUGCCGAUCGGUAAAAGCUGCACGUCGACUUUUUUCACUAAUAAAAUCGGAGAUCUACCGGACCUUCUCCCUGCAUUUUCACUCCGAUACCCUUAUUGCGCGAUCUGCGGCUCUGCUCUUGUGCACGUUGUACAGGUGUACUGCCCCCUGGGGGCGUCUCGGUAUCAUCGCACCAUUAACGUGUUUGCUUGUCCUCAACAGCAAUGCAGUGGAAAAACCGAGAGCUGGAAAGUGCUACGGUCCCAGUGCCUAGAGUCAGAGAUCAAGGCAAAGAGUGACAGUCAGAGGAUGAAGGUGAAGGAGCCUCCCAUGGCAACCAGUGACUGGUGUGAGGGUGCAGAUGACUGGGGCAUCGAAGAGGAGGAAGGGACAAGCGCAAGCCCUGCACACAACCAUACGAACACUCAGAGCAGCUUCCUGCCUAAGCUGGACGUUAGCUAUGGGCUGCAGGCACUUUCUUUGACAGAGGCACAUCAGUCUGCUUCUCCUAGGCCUGAGCUUGUGUUCCCAGAGUCUGUGCCCAUCUUCAGGCCAUACUAUGUCUGUGUGCUGGAAGAGGGGGAUAUUGAUGAACAAACUGACAUGGAGGAUGCGCAUAGGCUGCUGCGCGAGUAUGAAAUGAGAGAGGGCGUAGCUGUAAUGCAACUAGAAAGUUUUGAAGGUCAAGGCGAGUUAGAGAGAUAUGAAAAGACUGACGCUAAACAUGGAGACAAGGUGUUCUCCAAGUUCAUGAAAUGUAUUUCCCUCUGUCCGAAGCAAAUCUUACGAUAUUCUUGGAACGGGUCACCAUUGUUCAUCACAGAUCCCAGCUCCAGUUUAACACAGACUGUCCCACCCUGCAGUUAUUGUGGCAAUCCUCGAGUCUUUGAGUUCCAGCUUAUGCCUGCGCUGGUCAGUUUACUGGAGAGCAUUAACUCGACAUCAGAGCUGCUGCUAGAAUUUGGGACAGUCCUGGUCUACACCUGCAGAGAUAGCUGCUGGCAGCCUGGCAGAGACUCACCCGCUGAAGAGUUUGUGUUGGUCCAGAAAGACCCUGAUCACCAGCUUUUCUCAAGACCUUGCUAGAACAAUGUGAAAUAAAUUGCUUUGUAUUCUUCCAAA